GCCCUCCUCCAAUGUUGUCCUGUACGGCUGGACCUGUUUAUAUGGAUGAGUACCGAAUCAUUUCCCUGAUCCUCAAACAGUCAAUGAAACUUCAGUUGGCGGCUAGUUCCACUCCACACCACCAAUGGCGUCCGAGUACAACCCCUUGUUGGAGGACUUCGUUUUUCCUCCUUUCGAUGUUAUCGAGCCCCGCCAUGUCCGUCCCGCCAUCCUGUCUCUCUUGAAGAAACUUGAGAGUGAUUUGGUUGAAUUGGAAGAAACGCUGGAACCAACGUGGCCAAAGUUAGUUGAGCCUCUGGAGAAGAUCACAGAUAGAUUAUCUGUUGUUUGGGGAGUUGUUAACCAUCUCAAUGCGGUAAAGGACUCUCCUGAACUUCGUUCUGCUAUCGAAGAAGUUCAGCCAGAGAAGGUGAAAUUCCAGCUUAGGUUGGGCCAAAGCAAACUAAUAUAUUCAGCUUUUAAAGCUAUAAAAGACUCUUCCAACUGGGAAAAUUUGAGUGAAGCACGUAAACGUAUUGUGGAAGCCCAAAUAAGAGAUGCAGUCCUCAAUGGUGUUUCUCUUGAAGAUGAUAAAAGACAGCGGUUUAAUGAAAUCCAACAGGAGUUGGAAAAACUAUCACAGAAAUUUGAGGAGAAUAAUCUGGAUGCCAUAAAGAAGUUUGAAAAAUUAAUUAAUGAUAAGAAGGACAUUGAAGGAAUUCCUGCUACAGCACUUGCCAUGGCUGCACAAAUGGCAAUUUCCAAGGGACAUGAAGACGCUACUGCUGAAAAUGGGCCAUGGGUUAUUACUUUGGAUGGUCCAAGCUAUCGUUCUGUUAUGCAACACGCUCAGAACCGAUCUUUGCGCGAGGAAGUAUACCGUGCUUAUAUCACUCGUGCUUCGAGUGGAGAUCUCAACAAUACACCAAUUAUUGACCAAAUUUUGAAGCUUAGGUUGGAAAAGGCAAAUCUUCUUGGCUACAAUAACUAUGCUGAGGUAAGCAUGGAAAAUAAAAUGGCUACUGUCAAUAAAGCAGUGGAGCUUAUUGAGGAACUUCGUAUUGCUUCUUGGAAUUAUGCAAUUCAAGACAUGGAGGACAUUAAAAUUUUUGCUAAAGGUCAAAAUGAAAGAGAAGCUGAUAAAUUGAAUCACUGGGACAUUAAAUUCUGGAGUGAGAGACUUCGCGAGUCCAGGUUCCACAUUAAUGAGGAAGAGUUGCGCUCCUUCUUUUCACUGCCAAAGGUUAUAGAUGGCCUCUUUAGCCUUGCAAAGAUGCUCUUUGCAAUUGAUAUUGAUCCAGCUGAUGGUGUAGCUCCGGUAUGGAAUGAUGAUAUCAAAUUCUACUGCGUUAAAGAUUCCAGUGGUAGUCCAAUGGCAUACUUCUAUUUUGACCCAUAUUCUCGUCCCUCUGAGAAACGUGGUGGGGCGUGGGUUUCCGAGGUUGUUGGUCGUAGUCGUGCACUUUCACAUGAUGGUGCAUUGUCUAGGCUGCCCAUUGCUCAUGUUGUAUGCAAUCAAACACCACCACUAGCUGGCAAGCCAAGCCUUAUGACCUUCCGUGAGGUUGAGACCGUCUUCCAUGAAUUUGGCCAUGCCCUUCAGCAUAUGUUAACCAAGCAAGAUGAGGGGCUUGUUUCUGGUAGUCGAGGGAUAGAAUGGGAUGCUGUUGAAUUACCUUCUCAGUUCAUGGAAAAUUGGUGUUACCAAAGGGAUACUUUAAUGAGCAUUGCCAAGCACUAUGAAACUGGAGAGUGUCUCCCUGAAGAAGUAUGUUCAAAACUCCUUUCAACAAGGACUUUUCGUGCAGGUUCAGAGCUCCUUCGUCAGCUACGAUUUGCCAGUGUAGAUAUGGAGCUCCAUACAAACUAUAUUCCAGGUGGAUCAGAAACUGUCUAUGACAUUGAUCAAAGAGUGGGUAGAAGGACGCAUGCAAUCCCCUUGCUACCAGAGGACAGGUUCCUAUGUAGUUUAAGCCAUAUAUUUUCAGAUCAAUAUGCAGCUGGAUACUACAGCUACCAGUGGGCAGAGGUGUUAUCUUUUGAUGCCUUUUCAGCAUUUGAGGAGGCUGGCUUUGAUAAUGAUACGGUUAUUAAAGAAAAGGGCCUGAAAUUUCGAGACACUGUACUUGCUCUUGGUGGUGGAAAAUCACCCCUUGAGGUUUUCAUUGAGUUCCGAGGGCGUGAACCUUCAUCAGAGGCAAUGCUCAGAUACAAUGGUCUACUAAAAUCUACAGCUGCUACUGGAGGGUAAGAUUCACAUCCAAGAAAUGGAGAAAACAAGUAUCUUUAUUACUUUAUUCUCUUUUCUUUUCUUUUUUUGGCGAGAAGUAUCUUUGUUACUUGGUAUUGAAGAAUUAGUUACUAAUAUAAGAAAUGGAAUUGUAUGCACAGAAAUUAAUUAUUCAUAAAUUGUACAAAGCCUAUCAAAUGGGACAAAUGGGAGGCUUUAAUUCUAUUUUUUUUUGUUUUUUAAUUGAGGAAUGAGAUUGUGAUGA